AUGUCCAGCCUGCCACUGGAGAGCAUAAUAUUUACUUCCGAACCAAUAUCACUUAAAAUACUUAAUCAGCUUUUGCUCCCCCAUGAGACCACGUUUACUUCUAUCAAUACUAUUGAAGAUGGGCAUACUGCUAUAAAAACUAUGCAAGUACGGGGUGCCCCUGCCAUUGGAAUAGUCGCAGCGUUAACGCUUGCCGUUGACCUCGCUCGCAAGCAUAAGGAUUCAUAUUUUCACACGCCAGAUGCUAUAUUGUCUGAUGUGAAGAAGUCGUUGAACUUUUUGAAAACGGCUCGUCCGACAGCAGUGAAUCUAUUCCGUACAGUGGAUGAUUUAUCGGUCUUAGUUGAAGAGAGAACGAAACAGAACGACAGUAUGGACGACAUUAUUGAAGCGGUGGUUAGGAAUGGGAAACAGAUGUUGGUGGAUGAUCAAAAAGUUAAUACGGCCAUCGGGAGCUACGGAGCAGACUACAUAUACGAUUCAGUCAAUAGACAUGAAAAAAAAUUGAAGAUAUUAACACACUGCAAUACUGGUUCGCUAGCAACAGGUGGUUAUGGCACUGCGCUUGGGAUUAUUCGGAGCCUAUAUUUUAAGGGUCAUCUUAUGCACGCAUAUUUUACGGAGACGCGGCCAUAUAAUCAAGGGGCCCGCUUAACAGCUUACGAACUACUAAGCGAUGGCAUACCGUCUACGAUGAUAUGUGAUUCCAUGGCGGCAGCUCUGAUGUCGAAUACAGAGAUUGAUGCAAUUGUUCUGGGUGCUGAUAGGGUAGCACGAAAUGGCGAUACUGCAAACAAAAUAGGAACAUAUCAACUGGCCAUAGUUGCCAAAUAUUAUGGUAUAAAGUUUAUUGUUGCUGCACCAACAAGUAGUAUCGAUCUAAAUACGGUGUCAGGCAAAGAAAUUAUUAUCGAAGAACGUCCAAGCGAGGAAGUUGUCAAGGUGGCUGGCUUGCUAGAAGAUAAUAGAGAGUAUGGCAAAGUAUUAACAACGCCGCGCAACGUAAAUGUAUGGAAUCCGUCAUUUGAUGUUACACCGGCGACUUUGAUUACUGCUAUUGUUACCGAAUAUGGUGUCAUUACGAAGAGCCCCGAUACGAAUGAAUUUCCCGAUUUAGCAGAAGUUCUUGUGAAAAUGAAAGCAAAUAAGCAACAAGAAUAA